ACACAUUCACAUACACGCAUAUGCAAACAAUACUCAUACAUACACAUAAACACAUGUACACGUAUGAAUGUGCGUGUGUGUGUGUGUGUGUGUGUGUGUGUGGUUGUAAUGGUUACUAAUAACUCACUGGAAAGCGUUUGAUAAAUAUAUCGUGCUAAGCGAGUCGUCUCUAACAACUUUCCGCGAACGUUGCAAAUGUAAGCAACGAAAAUAUUAACGACACGAACAUCAAAACAACAAACAACAACGAUAAUAAUAAUAAUAAUAAUAAUAAUAAUAAUAAUAAUAAUAAUAUAAAAUAAUAAUAAUAGUAAGUGGCAACAAUAACAACAACAGCAGCAACAAAUUGCGGAUGCAUAGCUUGUGAUGAAAAGGAGAGAACUACAGUUAUUCACGGAGAUAAACUAAUUUCGUCGUGGUUAUUUUAUAAAGCAGGAUGGUCGUUACUUCAGGAAAAUGUCUUGCUUACACGUUCCGUGUUCUAUCUGCAACCAUACUCCUCGUAUUAUCAAAUGCUAGUGGAAACCAGGCGGUUUCAUUGCUAACGUACAGUUUGGAGGUUAACAAUGGGAUGGCCAUAACGUUGUGUGAAUCGAACGAUGCCACGAUGGUCAGCAUGGCUGAUGACCUACAUCCAAAUAUUAGUGAAUGGUUUCAAAAAAAUCGUAACAACAGUGUCACGACCUACUGGAUAGCUCAUAGCGAUUGUCCGAACAAUGGAUGUGCCAUGAUGGACAACAACCACACGAUGGAAUGUGUUCAAUGCAGCGAUAAGCGUUUGGUGUUUUGUAAAAAAGAGAGACCCUGCCAAUACGUUAAAAAUGUAACUUCAGCUUUCCGUGAACUUAUACAAGAAGAUAACCUAAAUGACUGUGAACAUAAUUGCUGUACCAAAACGAAAUGCGUUGGAUGGUCAUUCACUGCAAAUGGUUGUUACCACUACAAUUCCACUUUGGAUACAACAACAGAAGGAACUAUAGCGAACACGAAACAACCUUUAAACAGUAAUAAUUUCUUGUUCAAUAUAAUUACAAAAAAGCUUACUAAGACAAAACAUUAUUGACAAGGGUGAAAAAUCUGUCGGGUAGAACGCAUUAUGAUAUUGAGUUACUCCCCUUGACAUUUGUCUUUCGUCCGGCAGGGAUCGAUGA